CUCACAAAAUCCAAAGCUCACAAGCUCACAAGCUCACAAGCUCACAAAAGCAAAAGCAAAACCAAUCAUCCUUUCAUCAAAUCAAAUCAAAUUAUACUACUAAUAUUAUGUGCAAGCCUGUGACUCGAGUUGCCGCCAAGAAGAUGGCCACCAUGAACAAAGUAACCAAGAAGAGUACCAAGAGCGUAAGCUUCAGCACUGGUGGUCCCGCUGUCAUUGGUGAUUCCAUGAGCUACAAGUUGUCUGAUUCGCUCAAGGAACGUCUUUGGAUGAGCCAAGAACAGCUUGCUGCCAUGCGCAGUGAAGGCGACUGUCACUCCACCACACAAGUCCGCGGUCUUUCCCCCAAGCAAUACAAGCACCGCAGGGAUACUGUAGCAGCCAUUCUGGCUCAGCAAGAAGAGCAACGCGAAGAAUUGGGAGGAAGCACUGACGAAAAGGGACUGCGAAUGCUCGCAUGUGCCCUGAGUAAGCAAGAUCAGAAAAAAGCACUCCAACUGGCUCGUAUGGAUGCUCUCGAAGCUUAUGACAUCCACAAGGCAUCUUCUGCAUAUGACUGUCACUCGUCCUGCUCACUCAAGUCCAUUGAAGAAUACUCCAAGAAAACUACCGUUGUGCCCACAAGGCGCAGCAUCGCCAUUGCACGGGGAGCUUAGAACAUCUCUAACUGGCAUUUUCACUUGGGGGGGACUACCUAAUAGAGCUACUGUACUACAUAAAGAUAAAGAAGAUAAAGAAUACACUGUAAACUACUAAUGAAACGAAAAGCUAAAGCUAAGAAUACACUUGACUUCUAUUAAUACUCUGUACAUGUAAUAAUUAGCA